AUGGGUUUCGUUUAUGGAGAAAUACUAAAGGCAAAGAAAGAGAUCAAGGAGGCCUUGGGCAAUAAUGAGUCUCGGUUCAAGGAGGUAAUUGCUGUUAUUGACAAGAAGAUGAAGGGAAGACUUGAUUCUCCACUGCAUUUGACAGCUUAUUUGCUGAAUCCACACUACAGUUAUGCUAAUCCAGCAAUCUUUGAUGAGCCCACAAUAACAGAAGGAUUUAUUAGUUGUGUAGAGACCUUCUACUAUCAUGAUGAAGAUAAGCAAGAUCAGGCUGCCCAUGUUGAGCUGAGAAAGUUUCAAAACAGGGAAGGACCCCAUUUAGCAAGAACAUCAUGGUGGUGGUUGUAUGGAACUGAAGUACCAGCCUUACAGAAGAUGGCAACAAGGAUCCUUUCUUUGACAUCAAGUGCCUCUGGUUGUGAAAGAAAUUGGAGCGGGUUUGAAGCGAUACACACUAAGAAGAGAAAUAGGCUUACUACAACACGUCUCAACAAGUUAGUCUACAUUCAGUUCAACUCCAAGCUGCUUAAUAAGAGAGAGAAAAUCAAGUCAAAGAAGAUCAGUGAUGUUCUCUUGUCUAAUGAUACAACUGAAGCUCAAGGAUUUUUGCAUGAGAAUGGAGAUGAUUCUGCAUUAGUGGUCUAUAGAGAAGAGGAGGAAGAAGAGAUGGAAGGUACUGGGAUACCUUGGUCUGUUCUUGGAGAUGCAGUGGGAGCAGAAGAACAACUUCAGCUGCGUAGGAGUGCUAGAGUGAGAGAGCUCUAUGAAGGAGAAGAGUUUGAAUCUGAUAAAGAAGAGUUUGAUGAAGAUGAGGAUGACUACUUGGAACCUUAUUGAAGAAGGAAGAUGAUAUGGUCCUGGGGCCUUUUCGCAUGUCAUG